GUCUCCCCUCCGACGGACCAAUAAAAUGCGGCCGCUCUUCGCCCUGCGCCUCCUUCUCGUUACCCGGCGCAUCAGCAGCGGCUCCCGCAGCAGGUUCACUCUCCGCCGACCGUCGCCUCGCCUCGUCACGAUGGCGGCUCCGAAGAAAGUCUGCAUCAUCGGCUCCGGGAACUGGGGCUCUGCCAUCGCCAAGAUUGUGGGCAGCAACGCGGCUCAGAAUUGCAAAUUCGACGACACCGUCAAGAUGUGGGUGUUCGAAGAGACUGUGGACGGACGGAAGCUGACGGAGAUAAUCAACACCGACCACGAAAACGUCAAGUACCUGCCUGGACACACGCUUCCCUCCAACGUGCUGGCCGUCCCGGACCUGGUGGAGGCGUCCACCGACGCCGACAUCCUGGUGUUUGUGAUCCCGCACCAGUUCAUCGGGAAAGUGUGCGACACCAUGAAGGGGAAGAUCAAGAGCGACGCGCUGGGGAUCUCCCUCAUCAAGGGCGUAGACGAGGGGCCCGACGGACUCAAACUCAUCUCCGACGUGAUCCAGGAGAAGCUCGGCAUCACCAUGAGCGUGCUGAUGGGGGCCAACAUCGCCAACGAGGUUGCCGAUGAGAAGUUUUGCGAGACCACCAUUGGAUGUAAGAACAAAAACCACGGCGCUCUCCUGAAGGAGCUCAUGCAGACCAACAACUUCAGAGUCACGGUGGUGGAGGAGUGCGACGUGGUGGAAAUCUGCGGAGCCCUGAAGAACAUCGUCGCGGUCGGCGCAGGCUUCUGCGACGGUCUGGGCUUCGGCGACAACACAAAGGCGGCGGUGAUCCGACUGGGCCUGAUGGAGAUGAUCGCCUUCGCCCGCAUCUUCUGCACCGCCGGACACGUGUCCUCCGCGACCUUCCUGGAGAGCUGCGGCGUGGCCGACCUCAUCACCACCUGCUACGGCGGCCGCAACCGCAAAGUCGCCGAGGCUUUUGUGAAGACCGGGAAGACCAUUGAGGAGCUGGAGAAGGAGAUGCUGAACGGUCAGAAGCUGCAGGGACCAGCGACGGCAGCCGAGGUCUUUCUGAUCCUCAAGCGCAAAAACCUCAUCGACAAGUUCCCGCUGUUCACUGCCGUGUAUCAGAUCUGCUACGAGAAGCAUCCGGUCAAAGAGUUCAUCGGCUGUCUGCAGAACCACCCGGAGCACAUGUGAAUCAAACCACCACACUGACCAAGUGCCUUCCAAACGGAGAGCGUCACUUCUCAUCUGUGACCACGUCUCGAAGUCGAUGAUCCGUCGUCAAUCCGCAGGGUCGCUCGACUCGACGUCUCCGACCAGAGAUCGAAUCCUAACAUCUGCGCGUGCGGCUCAAGUUCGACCACUUUGUUCUUAACGUUCAGUUCUUCCUAUCUUUUAUUGUUAAGUGCAUUCUUUCAUUUCCUGACUCGUACUGAAACUUGAAGGAUUGUUGUUCGGAGCUGUGUGAUGGUCCCACCGCCGUUUGGUUUGUGUUUUCUUCGCCAGAUGAAAUCUGACUGCACGGUGUCUGCAGCCAAAUCACAAAUACAGAAAUCCAUACUUCACUGUCAUAACUAAACAGAAUCCAGUAGAACACACAAUGUCGACUCUUUACGACCCAUAUUUGCACAACGUCUACGCGACAUCGUGCAUUCGGAUCUUCGCCAGCCCGUAACUUGGGUCACGACGCCUCAUCUCAAAAUGUUAUGUUGCCGUCCGGCGAGCGCCACGUCCAUCACUACAAGUUAUUUAAAUCGUAGAUGUGAUGCCUCACUUUGUGUCUUAACAUAAUUCACGUAUGUUUCUCGCCUUGUACUGUAUUAUUAACUGUCGGAUCGCACAGCAGCUGUUUUUAAUAUAAAAAACACAAGUGCCUUCAGAUGCACGGUUGCUAAAUCUUUGCCAUAAUCUGGUUGUUGUUGUUUUUUUUGGGGUCAAUCCAAAGACUUGACUAUUUCACGUCAGUCCACUGUCGUUACUGUGAACCUGCCUGACCCGUGUUUCUCAGUUAUGGUUAAUAAGUGUAAGAAAUGAAAAUCAUCAUUUGAAUAAAUUACUUCUCUCAUCUCA